UUCAGGUAGAGACGAACUGACAGAAAUAUAAUUUUCAGUAUUGUAAUAAUAUUGGAAAAUAUAAAUGUUUAAGAAUUAGUGACUAGUGAAGAUAAAUAGUGACAUGAUCAUUAUUAACAAUUAAAAGACACUUUUAUGUUAUAUCUUGAAACAACUGAACACUUUAAAUCAGAUCACAAAAUGGAGGUGCCUGGAAAGGUAACUUCAACAUCAAAGACGAACUUUAACCUGUACUGUAUUCCGUGUGAUACAGAUGGAUUAAAGAAGCCGGCUCAUGGAUUUUGUCAGGACUGCCAGAAACAUCUUUGCAAAAGUUGUUUUAAACAUCACAGAAGGUCAAGACCAUCUAGAAACCACGUGCUGCUUGAAAAAGAUGCCAUGCCGACAAACAAACGACCGUUGAUGACGUAAAUACAGACGUCAUUACUGACAAGUGUACCAACCAUAGGGAAAAACCACUGGAGUUCUAUUGUAACCAUCACAAAACUGUAGCAUGUUAUGUCUGUGUAACGCUUGAACACAAACAAUGUAAAGUAGAUUAUAUUCCUGAAGUGUCAGGAAAUGUAUCUGACGACUUGAUGGAUUUGAAUAAAAAGAUGGAAGUUUUAAUCAAGAAAAGUGAAUAUAACAUUAUGAAAGCUGCAGCUGCUACAACACAACUAGAACAAAGUCAUGGAAAAGUCAUUGAAGACAUACAACUGUUUAGGAAGGAAAUUAACGACCGUUUAGAUCAGAUGGAAUCGAUCAUUAUUAAAGAAGCUGAAACUGUAAUUAACACAGCAAACCAUAAACUUGAAAAUAUCAAGGAUGCUUACGAAAAAAUAGCCGAAGAAGUGAAACGUUCACAAUCAUUUCUAAAUGACCUGAGUAAAACAAACAAGCAAAAUAAGCUUUUUAUUGAAAUGAAGAACAUCAUACCUCGGAUCAUGACACUGGAAAAUGAAGAAAUACAGAUUAUCAACGAUAAUACGACAUAUGACGACAUUCAGUUUGACCGGAACGAAAAUCUACUUAAUCAAUUGAAAAGUGGGAACAAUUUUGGAAAAAUUUUAACAUACGGAAAACCAUCAUCAGAUACUGGAUUAUGUGUUACAUAUGAAAGAUCCAUCGACGUGAAAUUUCCCACUGACGUACAACGAAGUGAUGUGACUGGGACUGUUAUGAUUUCUGUCACACAAAUGAUCGUCGCUGAUUAUGGCAAUAUGAAAAUUAAAAUGAUUAAUAUUGACACAGGAACGCUGGUGUCAGAGAAAACCCUGUCUACAGCUCCAAAUGAUGUGAUAAAACUUCCGCAAAAUAAACUUGCUGUUGCAUUACUUGAUGAAAAUUGUAUCCAGAUAUUGUCUUAUACCGAUACAAGUUUGUCUUUAGAUCGUUGUAUAGAUGUCGGAGAGAGCUGUUAUUGUGUAGGCUAUUGUCAGGACAAGCUAGUAGUAGGCUGUAAUUAUGAUCCAGGAAAGCUAGUUGUUCUAGAUUUAGACGGAAAAAUCAAACAAGUGUUUGAUACUCCUCGAUUAUUUGAUGGACCUGAGAAGAUCUUAAUCAGCAGUGAUGAAAAGUUCUUGUAUGUGUCUGAUUACAAUAGUGAUGACGAUAGCAAGUGUAUAAAGAUAGACUGGCAAGGUAAUGUUGUCCAAAGAUUCCAAGAUCAAGGAUGUAAACGGCCUAAAGGAAUACAGGAGAUGGAAGAUGGUACGUUGUUAGUUUGCUUCUAUAAAAGCCACAAAAUUGUCAGAUUGUCGAGCAGCUUAAAGACAUGUGAGAUCAAAGGAUUAGAGGAAAUAAAGAUUUAUUAUCCACAGGACUUUUAA